AGUUCUGCUCGAGCGUAAGGCUUACUGCAGCGACCCGAGUUGCGCGGCUGCAGCCAGACGGGUCCCGCCGGGUCGGCCCGCGAGCACGAUGGCUCUGGCCGCGAAGCUCCUUGCCAGCGCCGCAGUGCUCUACCUCGCCAGGGCGACCACGCCGUCCACGCCAGUGUCCACGCCAGUGUCCACGCCAGUGUCCACGCCAGUCGGCGGCGGUUGUGUUGUCUACGAGGAUUGUCAACCAGGAGGCAUUGGCGCUUCUUGCUUGAAAAGUAGCGGCGUCGACAAGGACUGUUUCACGUUGAUCUCUGAGGCCGUCCAGAGCCUCCUGGCCGACGAAGGAUCCAAUCAGCCGUACCCCACCGGCCUCUGCAGGCAGGCGCUGAAUAUAGCGGUAGACCAGUGUGCUGAUUGCUCCGACGGCUGCAUGGACCCCCUGCCCAGUCGCCUCGAUGCCCUGCCUGAGGCCUUGCUGGGGGCGAGGACCCGUGUUAGCGGCGGCGGCUGCCGCGGCUGCGGCGGCCGCUUCGCUCGCGGCGGCGCUGGCGGGGGCGGUGGUCAGUUUCGUUUACGGUAGGUUUGCGUCGUGUCGACCGGCGGCGACCCCAGCGCGGGCGCUCAAGGUUGAACGCCGACGGCGGCCCAGAAUCGUUCGAUGUGGAACGAUUGGACGUUGCGGAGACGGCAGAUCGUUCAAGGUUGAGCGAUCCCUGCGGUGUCAAGAACCAACGCUGGGGUCGGCACGACACGAACCUGCCGUACACCCUUCGAAGCACGAAGGGAACGGCCUAUAUCCCCAUCUAUGGGGGUAAAUUGGCCAGUGGUGCCCAGUCCACGCCGCUGGGGAUAGGGAUCGGAUAAACGAUGCUCAGGUGGUGUGGCGCGGCUGGCGCGCUGCUCCAGCAUCUGCGCGCAGCGCGCUGGUGGCGGAUGGGCACGAGGACGAGGGCACCCCGAUGGUGGAGGGCAGCAGCGCCGCAGCGCCGGCGCCCUGAGGCGGGGCGGAGCACGCCGCGCCCAGCGGGGUGCCCCCAGUUCUGUGGCAUUGCCAAAGAGCAGCAAUGCGUUUUUGUCCUCGGGGAGAACUCAAGAUGGGUCCCAGGACGGCAGGAGAGGGCGCGAAGUGGCCCGAGAAGGCCCCGAGAGAAGACCCAAGGAGGCUUGGAGACGUCAGAGGCAUAGAUUUCAGUCUGGCUCUUGUGUUUCGUCGCGUAAGGAGUUCCAAACACCGAGGGUCCUGAGCGCGGACAGCGGUGUGAGCUCAAGGCGGCCGAAAGAGAUCCCCGAGACGCCGAAAAGAUGGUGUCAGGGCGGCCCAACUGCUGCUCCAACUGCUGUUGAUGCUUCUGCCCCUUCAUCGCCCUCUCCGUCCUCGUCUUGCG